CAAAAUUUGCACGAAAAACGGAAAAACUUUUUAUUGAAAAAUAAUAUAUUUUAACUGAUUUAAAUAGAGUCAUAUAUAAAAAAAUGUUUCAGCAACAUUAAUAAUUUUCGAAUAUUUAAAAUUUAUUAUCAUAAGAAAAUACAGUAUAUAAUUUAGAUAAUCCUUAAAAACGAAAACAUUUAAUUUAUUUAUAAGUAUUAAAUGAUUAAUUCGAAAAAUUUUAAAAUACAAUAAUAUAAUUAUAAGAUUUGAAGGAAAUAUUAACAGAUCCUAAAUAAGAUUCAGAAAUGAUUGCAUUCGCAAAUGAAGAAAUAUAAAAUUAACAAACUAUACUUGAUGAAAUUUAAGAAGAAUGUAUUCGUUUAUUAAUUCCCAAAGGAAAAUUUGAUGAUUCAACAGAAAUUCAUUUAGAAAUAAGACCAGGAACAGGAGGAAGCGAAAGUUCACUUUUUGCAGAAGAAUUGUUUAAAAUGUACUAAAACUUCUGUGCAAUAUCAGGAUACUAAUGUAAAACAGAGUCAUUUUAAACAGAUAUGUCAAUAAAUAAAGGAUGUAAACUAGGAAUUUUAAAAAUUGAAGGAGAAGAAAUUUAUAAAAGACUUUUAAAUGAAUCUGGUGUACACAAAGUUAUUAGAAUACCUGAAACUGAAUCAAAAGGUAGACUUCAUUCAAGUACUGUUUCUGUUGUGGUUAUGCCUAUAGCUCCUUUUGAUUUUAAAGUAGAUGAGAAAUAAUUAAAAUUUGAAUAUAUGAGGAGUUAAGGUGCAGGUGGAUAACAUGUAAAUAAAGUUGAAUCGGCAUGUAGGGUGACACAUAUAGCUACUGGUGUUUCUGUUCUUUGUUAAGAUGAAAGAUAUUAGGAUAGAAAUAAAGCUAGAGCGUUGAAACUUCUUUAUGAUAAACUUUAUUUUUUAGAGGUGGAGAAAUAUAAUGAAGAAUAAAGCUUUAGGAGAAAAAGUUAAAUGGGAGGAGGAGAUAGAAGUGACAAAAUUAGAACUUAUAAUUUUCCUUAAGAUAGAAUUACUGAUCAUAGAAGUAAUUUAACUGUUUUUGGUAUCGAGAAAAUGAUGGAAGGAUAAUUUUUAGAUUAGUUUAUUGAUUAAUAUUAAGAAAAAGUGUAAAAUGAAAUGUUGGUUUAAAUGAUUAAAUAAUUAGAAAUUGAAAAAGAUGAUUCUUGA